AUGGACAAUCCGGCUUUUCAGGUGAUCGUUCUGGGUCCAACUGGUGGUCCAAAAGAAGAUGCUGUUACAGGACUUUUGGUAAGAUCUACUUCAACAAAUUGGUCUAAGAGCUCCGUUGUUGCAGUAGAUGCUGGUACUCUUCUUGCGGGUAUUGUCCGGAUUCUAGAUCAAACUCUUACGACUGAUGACCAAAGUAGAGCAGUCGUGAAGGAUGGGCCCUUUAAAGGGCUGCAUGCUCCUCACAGGACACCUCAAGCCAAUGCUGCUUACAUCUUUCGGGAGGUGAUUGCGUCGGUGCUCAUUACACAUCCGCAUCUAGACCACCUUUCUGGGCUGGCCAUCAACACACCCAUUGUCGAGGCGAGUAACGGCCCAAAGACAGUCGCAGGUCUUCCAUCUGCCAUUUCCGCAAUGAAAAAUCACAUGUUCAAUGAUAUCAUCUGGCCAAACUUGUCUGAUGAAGAUGGGGGUGCUGGCUUGAUUACCUAUCAGAGACUUGUUGAAGGCGGGAAUCCACGUUUUGGACGAGGAGAGAGCCGGGGAUAUGUGCGAGCAUGCGAGGGUCUUGUCACCAAAUGUCUUAGUGUAAGCCACGGUCGGUGCAAGCAGCGAUUUGAUCCAGAGACCGGACGACAUCAUCGGAUAGGCAGUGCAGUAUUUUCUGCCGAUCAAAUGGUGAACGCUCGAACCUUAUCAAUGGAUCAAUCCGAUGGAGCCAUGUUUUCCCCAGCACGUUCACCACACAUUGGAUCAAGCUUAGGAGCCACCCCUUCUAAAGAUUCCACCAUCUGGGGAACUGUAGAAAGCUCGGCAUACUUUAUUCGCGACGAGGACACCGGCAAAGAAAUCAUUAUCUUUGGCGACAUUGAGCCAGAUUCGGUAUCUCUCGAACCUCGCAACAAGCGCGUAUGGGAAAUCGCGGCGCCAAAAAUAGUUAAUGGUUCACUACGAGCCAUUUUCAUCGAAUGUUCUUAUAACGAUGCAAUUGACGAUGAGACUCUUUAUGGCCACUUGUGUCCGCGACAUCUAAUCGCAGAACUGAAAGUGCUUGCAAGCAAAGUAGAUGAAUUGAAACCGGACCAUCAGCAACAGAAAGGUCAAAAGCGAAGAGGUCGCUCGAGUAAGAGAAAGAGGAAGGAUUCCGAUACACUCGAUUAUGCGCGCGAUCAACCCGUAAGUCCCCAUUCAACACGCCAGAUUACAACAAGACCGAGAGACAAUAGAGAUAUGAGCGAGAAAUCACCAAUGUCUGGCGCUCGAGCAAGUACAUCCACGCAAACACCAGAUGGAGGAAAAUUUGAUGACAACGGCGAUGUCGCUGUAAUAGACCACCAACCACGACAGACGAACGAAAGCGUUCACUUUGCCAGCGAACAAGGAGGUGAAAAGAGCGGAGAAGCGGGCUUCACCUAUCCUGACGCGCAAUGGACAGACUCCGAAAACGCAUCCCCGCAGCCGUUGGCAGGCUUCAAAGUUUUCAUUAUCCAUGUCAAAGAUACCCUGACGGAUGGCCCACAUCCGAAGGAACGCAUACUAGAAGAAUUGCGUGACCAGAGUGACGAGGCUGGGCUGGGUUGUGAGUUUCAUGUACCAUUUCAAGGGGAGGGUAUUUUUAUUUGA